AUGGCGAAUAAGAGAAACAACAGUGAGCAGGUCAUCUUGAACAGACGAUUGAAGCCGAUCUAUGGUAAGAUUUUGACGAAUUUUUGUUUUUCUGGGUUUAGAAAGGUGUGAAAUGUUUGGUGAAAGGUUGUCUACGUCGUCAUAUUUGAUAGGAUUCAAGAAACAACGACUUUUUGUCUUAUCAUUGUGAGCAGAUGGAGGAUUUCCGUUUUAGAUGCGGUGGACAACGGAAACAACAAGAAGGCCAUUCAAGAAGCUGACAAAUUACUGAAGAAGCAUCCUGACACCUAUACCGCCAAAGGUCUGAAGGCAUUGGCACUGAUUCGUCUCGAACGGAGUGCCGAAGCCUGGCCAUUGGUUGAGACAUGCGAUGAGUACAUUCGGAAUGGAAAUUUUGAUGAAAACACAAUCCAAGUGGUCAUGCAUUGCUAUAAGGUGGGUGAAUGACGUCUUGAUAUACCUGGGUAUGUGAAUUUUACUUUGCUUUUUCCACUUUUAGGAAGCCUACGUCCCUUCGAGAAUAACUUUGCUUCUGGAAGAGGUGAAUAAGAUGUUUCCGGGCAACGAGAACCUCUUGAUUGAUCUUUUCACUUCGUAUGCUCGAAUAAAAGACUUCAAAAAUCAACAGCGCAUUGCGCAACUGCUUUCUAGAGACUUUAGCAAGCCGCAGUAUGUGUUUUGGACCAUCAGUAGUGUUGUCAUGCAGGUAUGUCUAGAUUAAUGUCGAUUUUUGGCGUUUAGGCUAAAGUUAUGGAUACGAUUUUUCAUGAGGGAACAGAAUGAUCAGAAUAAUGUAUUUUUCAUUUUACAAGGAAAGUACUUUUAUGGGGGCUCCUACUUUUUGACGGGACAUAUCUCAAAAAAUCAGAAAAAAUGCGCUGAUCAAGGAUAUAUAAAUCUUAGCUGCCCAUUUUAGGUUUUUAAGGGUGAAAAUGCCAAAAAACUGGUUUAAUUUCCCUACAAAAGGCAGACAUUCGAAACGAUAAAAAGAGCACUCGAUCUCUUCCUUCGAAAGAGAGCGGUGUGGCCGAGUGGUUAGUGCCGUAGUCUGGGAAUCAAGAGGGGGACGCCGCACAGGUUCGAUUUCACUUUUGGGCUGAAUCAACUUUUUUGAAGUUGAAGGUCGGAAAAAUAAAUUUUUGGGCCAAGACUGAUUUAUUACGUCUUAGAAACUCAAUAAACACCAUUUUAAGCCAAAAUAAAAAUUGUAAACCUUUGAAAAAAUUAAGCGAAAAGGGGUUCAUAUAGGACUUUAAGUCAACUUCCGACUGAGUUUUCACCCCUAAAACCUAAAAUGGGCAGCUAAGAUCUAUAUAUUCUUGAUCAGCACAUUUUUUCUGAUUUUUUGAGAUAUGUCCCGUCAGAAAGUAGGAGCCCCCAUAAAAGUACUUUCCUUGUUAAAACAGCUUUGUUUUAGGCGCUGAAAAAUCCGACAAUGGGACCUAAAGUACUUUAUCCAUUAGCUCAGAAGAUGAUCGAAAAAGCCCUUUCCAACAUUAUCGCCAAGCCAACUAGAAGUGGUAAGUUAAUUUUUAAGCCUUUCAGUCUGUAAUGGGGCAAUAAAAACGUUGAUUGUUUCCAGAAAUCUUCCUCUACGUCCAAAUUCUGGAGGGUCAAGCCAAGUAUCAAGAAUCAUACGAUUAUCUCAAAAAUCAGAUAGAAAAAGGAAACCUUACCGUGGACGAAGGGAAAAUGUUGAUCUUACAGGCGCUGGAGAAAUCAAAACAAUACGAAAAAUUGUUGUCGGAACUGGAAAAAUACGCAGAAACCGUGCCUUAUGACUUGCAGAUCUGGCAGGAGCUCUUUAAAUUGCUCGGCACUGUCAAAGAUGAUGAGAAAUUGAGGUCUUUGUAAGUUUAAUGGUAGCUAUACAAUAUUUUUGUACUUUUGAAGGUGUUCAGAGCUGAGAUUGGUUUGAUUUUCUAAUAGAUAUGACCUUAGUUUAGGACUCAACAGGCCACUGUGCGGAUGAUUAAAAAAGUGGAGGAAAAGGUGGACAAAAAAUAUGAAAAACACUCGCUACUCAUCAUCAAAUGCAUGUACCUCAAGAAAUUGCAAACACUCGACUUAUCGGAUAAUGCGGAAGGUCUAGGAAGUGUUUUGGAAAAUGCCAAAUCACUCAUUGAAACCUCGUUGGAUAAGCCCUACUGCUUCAAGGAGAUGGCCCAAUUCUUGGUCCUAUUGAAAGACAAUGAACAAGAAGACUUACUCUCUUAUUUGAAAGCGAAUGUGGGUGUGGAUACUGUAAGUUUUUGAGGGAUUUUUGAUUUCUCCGAUAUUCACCAUGAUCUCGAUUAAAAAAAGUGAAACAUCAAAGUUAAAGGGUGAAAUGUCUAAAAUUUUUGUUUUCUAGGACAAGUUAACAUAUGGAACCAUGUUAUAUCACCUGUUGAGAUGCUCCUUCGGCCAUAUCGAAAGGGAUUCCAUCGAAGAAAGACGAAAAAUGUCGGCGGAUCUGGUGGGGAAACUUCAAAACCUCGAAAACGAAGAUAAUUAUCUGGGAAUGGCGGUGUCUCUGGUAAUUUCCAAUGCUCUGUGGAGUGCUCAUCUAGAAGAGAGUAGGUUUAGAGGGUUAUUUGGCAUAAAUCAUAAAGAAUUUAUUAAAAAUUUAGCCUGAUUUUAAAAUUUUUGGAUUUUUAAUGACAAUAGUCUCAAAUGACUGGUAUAUAGUCUGAAAUGACCUGUAAAAUUCUAGAAAGUGGCCCAGAACUCCUUCAAGAGCUCCUGGUCUACCUAGAAUGGAUUUAUUCGGUAUAUUCCAACAGUUAUAUUACCGGUCUACUGUUGGUCCGAAUCAACGCCGUUUUGGAUAAUCAUUUACGAGUGGAAAAGCUCCUAAGGCAGUUGGAUGUUAAGUAUAUUCAAAGAGAUUCCCUGGCAUAUCUGAAUUUUGGGAUCGCCGAGAGUUCUGGUCUCUUCAAGGAGGCCAUCUUGAACUACACAACUAUGACGGCAUUCGCUGAUCAGAAUGACCGAGAGGUAAGAGGGUGUUGUAAAUAGAUUUUCUAGGCUGGAAAAGAUGUUUGGAGGUCCUGAGGGGAAAUAAUUUUACUUCUAAAAAAAGUUGUGCACGUUUUUUGUCCAUUUGAUGUCAAGUGUAAUAUACAAUUAAAAUUUUCUUUGAAUUUGCUGAAAAUUUUUCUUGAUUUAGAAGCGAGGCAACAGAUUGGUUACUAAAAAUACUGUUUCAGAUAGCCAGCUCGAUCGUAGCCGCCUACAAGGCCGGUAGCGUGGAUCAAAUCGCAUCCCUGGUGGAGUUUGCCAAAAAUUGCGAUGAUUCUCUAUAUCUGACGGCUGCAGACGUCUCGAACCGCCUCAUAUCCUCCUGUCAUGCGGUGGAGAGCCUUGAAAUCGCGAUCUUGACCCUGCAGGGAGAUGAGCCGAAGAUUGAAUGGGACAAUUUGAAAGACACCCGCGAUUUCAAUGUCCUCAAUUCAAUGGCUCUGUAUAACCAGGAUAUCACGGAAAAAGUUAGGCAAAUUACAUAUCAGGAGACGGUAGGGAGUGAUUAAGCGAUUGGACUUUUAAUUUUAGCGGGAUUUCGUCGAGCUUCGACAUUAUUUGUGCAAAGUUGUGAGCAACAUCGGAUGGAAUGAGGCCCCCUUGGAGAAUGUGAAAAAUGAUCUCAAUGCGCUCAAAAUCAAGCUAAAGGAAUGCCAGUCCAAGUAUAAAAUUUCGGAAGCUGUAAGUUGGAGGAUGAGUUGGUGGUCAAGUUAUACGAUGAAACAUGUCUGGACGAAAUUUUGUUUUUGAAAGUUUUGUCGUAUAGAAUGUCGCAAAGGUUGUAUUUAUUCAGCUAAUAUUGGUUUUUGACCACUUUGGAGUGUAAUAGACAUUUGAGUUUAUAGGGACAUUUUAUACGGCGAAAAAAAAAUUUUCGAAAUUUUGCACUGGACAUGUUUUUGUCGUAUAUAACGUCAUUUUUACUAGAAUAAGGUCUAUUUUACUGUAUUUCAGACAAGAUACCUUCAAGGCUUCCUGGAGCCAGUACUACCCCUCAUUGUGAACGGGCCCUACCUGGACCCCAUAAUUAAUAUCGCUGAAGCUGCCCUGAAAAUUUCCGAGGUCCAAGAGUCCAAUAAGAACGUCGAAGAAACUGUAGAUGACCUCCGGAAGGCCUUGGAAACUUUGAAUUUGGCGAAACUAGUUCCUGAAGGGAGUUUGAUUAUAAAAUCGUCAAGUCAGGCAAUUACAACUUUAUCACUAGUCGAAUUAACCCUCAAAUUUGUCGGCGCAAAGUUGGAUAGAGUACUGGGCGACAAGUCGGCGGCGAUAAAGGUAAUUUAAAGUCGAUUUGGAAUGUUAAUAUAAUUUUUUUUUGAUUUUAGAAGUCAUCCACGGAAGCCUUGAAAACAGCUCAUGAUGAGGUUUAUAAGACGUGUUCGGCGGUCGAAAAGUUGUUGCAAGAGAGAAAGGAGAAUGGUUAUGAAGCUAUGGUUAAUUCGGAGCACUUUGAGAAGGUAAAUUGGAUACUUUUUGAUACUUUUAUCAUAAAUUUUGAGGUUAUAGCUAUUUUUUUUUAUUUUAGAUUUUUUAAAUAUUUACGCCCCGAGGCAUUAGAUGAAUUUGGUAUGAUUCGGUAGCUAAAUGUCUGCUUUUUCAGCUGAAUUUGAAAUCUCAACUUGAGGAGGUCGAAACUUCGUGGAAACAAUCGUUUUUGGCCUCGAUCCAACACCUCUGCCAGUUCUCAACGAGGGUCCGCCAAUUCAUGGCUCAACUCAAAUUGACCCAAACCAAGAUCUGA